AGUCAACCAGUCCAUUUUUCUAGGACUACCCACUACCAGUUUGAAACAACCCCAAAAAUGUCAACGUACCUGAUAGCAUUCGUGAUAUCCGAGUUCACUUGUUCAGCAUGGAACAUGCCAGAAGUCAACUCCGUGAACAAAGUUUGCUCUAGGGCCCAGAAAGAAGACACCAGAAGGUGGGCCGUUGAAGUAUCACCAAAACUUUUGAGCAGCUUGAACGCCUAUACUGGUAUUCCAUAUACUAGUUCUAUGAAGAAAGUGGAUCAAGUCGCCAUUCCGGAUUUCAGAUCGGGCGCUAUGGAAAACUGGGGACUGAUUACGUACAGAGAAGCUAUGUUCCUCUACGACCCCAAAGAGGACCAAUCUAUCGAUAAGCAAACUGUAGCUAGGGUUAUAGCGCACGAACUUGCUCACUCGUGGUUCGGAAAUUUGGUCACCUUGGCUUGGUGGUCGGAAGUAUUCCUUAACGAAGGUUUUGCUAGAUAUUUUGAGCACAAAGCGGUCAACGAGGUUUUUCCUGAUUGGGAACUUGAUAAACAAUUUGUAGUGGCUACAUUACAGUCAGCUUUAGCUACAGAUGAUCUACAAAGUAUCCAAGCUCUACAAUCAGAGGUCAUAACUCCUGCUCAAAUUGACGCCAAGUUUAAAGCAGACACUAGUUAUGGAAAAGGUGGCAGUAUUUUGCGUAUGGUCGAACACUUCAUGGGUUCUGAGCAGUUCAAAUCAGGAAUUCAAAAAUAUUUGAUGCUCAAUCAGUACAGUAACGUCGAACCUUCAAACCUGUGGGCUGCCUUGUCGAUAAAUGUAGAUAAUACAGUGUCAAAUCUGCCACAAAGCUUAGCAAAUGUCAUGGAAAAUUGGAUAACAAAAGCUGGAUAUCCUCUGAUCACUGUUACUAAGACCAGCAAUAAUGUGAUAGAGUUGAAGCAGGAGCGUUUCUUAUUCUCUGGCUCGGAUACAACAACAAAGUGGUACGUUCCUGUAACUUACACAACGUCCGUGGACGAAAACAAGUUCCAAAAGACAUCUACUCAACUAUGGAUGCAACCAGACAAAGACGCACAAAUUCAGCUGCCUGAAGGAGCAUCUUGGAUAAUUUUGAAUAACCAACAAACAGGAUUUUAUCGAGUGAACUACGAUGACACUUUGUGGGCUGAAAUUGAAAAGGCAUUGAAAAGUGACUCAUUCGAUGACAUAGGGGAAUUGAACAGAGCUCAAAUAGUGGAUGACUUGUUCAGUUUGGCCAAAGCAAAUAAAAUACCAUACAGUAAAGCACUGAAAGUUAUCAAAUUCAUCAGUAACGAUGUGUCCUAUUAUACGUGGUUCUCUGCAAACAGAGGAUUCAACUUCUUGCUUGACAAAAUUGGAUUUGAGUCUGAUUUGGGUAGAGCUAUCAAGGAUGACGUAUUGCAGCAGUUGGAAAAGGUGUACCAAUCCGUGCCACCUUCAACGAUUGACGGUACAAAUCACCUAUACACCUUAAAGCAAACGCUGGUUGUAGCUCUAGCUUGUAGAUUAGGGCAUCCUGAGUGCAUCGAGAUGACCAAAAAUCAUUUCACUGCGUAUAAAAACCAAGGAACUAAGCCACCUAAAGACUUGAGGAGAAUAGUAUACUGUGGCGCUUUGAGAUAUAGUGCAGACAAUGCAGACUGGGACUUCUUAUGGAAUGCUUUCGUCAAAAGCACCAGUCUUUCAGAAGGUGUUAUUUUCCUUUCAGGUCUGGGAUGCUCAAAAGAUACAGAUAUUCUCAAGAGGUAUUUGCUAAAGACGGUCACUGAUUCCGAGAUCAGGCGACAAGACAGACAAACAGUAUUUGUAUCCGUAGUGAACGGGAAUCCAAGUAAUUUUGACACAGCGCUGGACUUUUUGAUUGAACACCAAAAGGAAAUUGACGCCCAGUAUGGAACCAUGAGAGCUCUACCUUCUCUGUUAGACUUAGUUGCAAGCAGAAUCACGGAUGAAACACAACUCAAUAAGUUGAAAAAUUUGGUUACGAACCUGGACGCAGAACACAAGGAAAGCGGCAAUGCAGCCUUGGAGAAGGCUGAAGCCAAUUUGAAAUGGAAAAAGCAAGUGGAGAGGGAUCUUCAGAAUUACUAUGGUAUUCCGUCUGAUGAUACUGAUUCGGCUGUUACCAGUACUGUUUCUUUAAUUAUUGUUACUAUAUGUUCUGUAAUAGAUGUUAUUGGUUUUUAAGUCAAAGUUUGAACCAACAUCCCGAAUAUAAUUGUUGUUAUAUCUGUGUCUUUUAUUAACGGCCGGAUCGUAG